GGAUGCAGCAUUCUCAUCUCAUCUCUUCUUCACCACUGAAGGACGUAGCGGCAGCUGGGCCACAUUGCUGCUGCUGCUGCUGCCUUCAACUGUUUUCUACCUUUUGUGUUCUGGUCGGCUCUCUCUCACUCUUGUUUCGUACCCACCCCAGUCCCACCCCUCCUCUUAGCAUCUCAAAAGACCACUGAGAGAGAAUCGAUGGCGCAGAGGCCCGCCUUGCUGACAGGACAAUAAACCACAAAAGAAGAAAGGGACCUGCACUGCCUUAGUCCUCUCCGUUGUGAGAUCCAGUGAUGCCCCAGCAGACCGAGGACCUGCCCCAGAGUCCUGCCUCCUCAGCUGGGCACCGCUUUGCUGCCAGCCGUUAAUCCCCUGGAGCUACUGAACCCUGAACCCUGACCCCUGAACCCAGGGAAGAGCUUCCCAUGAGGCCCCCACGAGAACUCAGCGUGACACCUCUGUAUGGGGCCUCCAGCAUAUGAAGUAGCUAACAUGGAGGAUGAAGACGGGACGUGUCUACUUGAUGUUUUGUGUGAUCCCCAAGCCUUAAAUAACUUCCUUCAUGGAACCAAUGAGCUGCAGAAUGAAGACCUGCUCAUUACCUGUUCCUCUGGAGAGCCCCCCUCCCUCUUCACUGACCCCCCGAGCCCAAUGUCUCUGUUGGCAGAUGACAUCACCACCUCGCAGGACACCCCCCCUGCAGAAUGCGUUGACCUGUCCUUCCUGGAAGAGGCUCUGCUGGGGGGGUCCCCCGAGGGAGGGGGGGAGAGAAGAGGGGAGAGAGAGGAAGAGCAGGAGGAAGUACCGCCCUGUGACAUCCUCCAGCAGAGUCUUCAGGAGGCUGACAUCACAGAGCACACCAUGGCUCUGGAGGCGGGGCUCGUCCAACCAGGGCCUGGGGAGGGCCACACCCUGUCUCUCUACACACCUGGCCCCCCACUCCUCCCUCCUCCCGCUGCCGUGCCGUUCCUCUCCAAAGCCUUCCCCCACCCCUACCCUGGCCCCCCCCACCCCUACCCUGGCCCCCCCACCCUGCCUCCCAUGCACAGGGACACCCAGGCUGCGGUGGAGCCUCCCCAGCCCUCCCUGCUGGCCGUGGGACCAGGCUGCCCCUCUCUGAAGCCUGCCGCUCCCCAGAUGAUGGGCCUCCUCCCUGGGAACAUCUUCCCCGCACCUCCCCCAGAGACCUCCUUCUCCCUGACCCCUGCCCAGGCCUCCAACACCUCCUUUUCCCUCAUCCAUAAGGCAGUUCCUAGCCUGACAGGGCUGAAAGGGCCCCCCCUACUGGCCUCAACCCUCAGAGCGGCUGCAGCUCCCGGUAUCUUUCUCCAGAGAGGGCCCCUGCCCAUCCAGCCCAAGCUGCCUAUCAACAUCCAACCCCGACUGGCUCCAAGCCUCCUCCCCAGCCGCAGCCUGCCCAACACCUCACCUCCCGCCACCUCACUGCCCCCCCACCUCACUGCCCCCCACCUUACCAAGCCCCAGCCCCUCAGCCUGCAGCUGGUCAACCAGGGAGGAGGCUCCUUCCUGAUCCAGCCUCAGGGUCUCUUCCAUGGCCAGAAUCAGUUCCUCCUGCCCGGCCAAUCCCCUGUCACCCUGUCCCAGCUGCCCGGCCAAUCCCCUGUCACCCUGUCCCAGCCUGGCGGUGCAGCGCGGCCCCUGUUCACCUCCGGCCACCAGGGAGCAACAGUCCAGUCUGUCCAGGGUAUGACACCCUCCAUCGGCCACCACCUGGUAGACGGGUCCCAGAUCCUGACGGCCGUGCCCCACCACAGACAGCUCAACUUCAGCCCCCACACAGUCUUCAGCACCACCCCAACAGGCCAGCUCUCCCUCCGCCAGGGGACCCUGCUCUCUGGCCCCCUGCAGCUGCAGUCGGGGUCCCCUGCUCUCUUCCAGAUGCCGGCCCAGUUGGCGGGGGCCUACAGCCCCCAGGGGCCCCAGGGGCAGGGGGGUCCAGGGCAGCAUGCCACCCUGCUCCACAGCCCUGCUCUGGGGAACCACAUCACCCUGAUGCACUCUGGGAUGCAGCUCACCUCAACCCACCCAGACAGUCACAUGACCUCCAUUUCCAUCCUCAACAGCACCCCUCCUGCUGUAGUACAGGGCCUGCCCUUCACCCCCCAGACUUCCAGACCCCUAGGGGGCACUACAGAGGGACAGAUCAGUGUUCAGCAGGCGUCUGUAGUGUUGCUGCCUGACAGAGCUGGCCAUAAGGAGAGGAGGGAGGAAGCGACGUCCCCACACCUGCCUCAGUCGACAAGGCACCUUCUCCAGCAGCAUGCCUCUCUCCAACCCUCCACCGCCAGUCUCCAGUCCCCUUCUCCCCCUGUAGUGGCCCUCCUACAGACCCCGCUGGAGGCCCCACAGGCCCUGGACCCACCUGGUAUGCUACCCAAACACCUGCUGGACCCAGUUGGGUCGUUACCCAAACACCUGCUGGACCCAGUUGGGUCGUUACCCAAACACCUGCUGGACCCAGUUGGGUCGUUACCCAAACACCUGCUGGACCCAGUUGGGUCGUUACCCAAACCCCUGCUGGACCCAGUUGGGUCGUUACCCAAACACCUGCUGUACCCAGUUGGGUCGUUACCCAAACACCUGCUGGACCCAGUUGGGACGUCACACAAACACCGACUGCCCCAGACGGAGACAGGGACAAAACCAGGGGUGGAGGAGGAGGUUCACAGCCCCAUCACUCACAUCCAGACCCAGGCCUUCAUCCAUCAUCUACAACAGCAAGCCCCUCCCCAUCCCUCCCCACCACCUGAGGACCUUGCUGGGACUGUGGUGGUGUUGGUGGAGGACAACACUGUCUCCGCUGUUGCCAGUGAGAUGGAGGAGGCCCCUCCACCCAUCCCUCCCCAUCCCUCCCCACCACCUGAGGUCCUGGCUGGGACUGUCUCCGCUGUUGCCAGUGAGAUGGAGGAGGCCCCUCCACCCAUCCAGCCAGCAGUUCUAGGACAGGCAGGAGCCCAGUCCGUGAUGCCCCUCAGCCCCUGUGUGUUGGUGGCCUAUACAGUUCCACUAGACCCAGAGACAGAGGAGACCACCCUGCCAGGCCACUCUCCUACCCUGCUAUGCCAAUCUCCUACCCUGCUAUGCCAAUCUCCACCUGAGCAGGGUUUAGGGACCACACCCCCAGCUGGGCAGGGCUUAGGGACCACACCCCCGGCUGGGCAGGGCUUAGGGACCACCCCCCCGAAUGGGCAGGGCUUAGGGACCACACCCCCGAAUGGGCAGGGCUUAGGGACCACACCCCCAGCUAGGAAGGGCUUAGGGACCACACCCCCGAAUGGGCAGGGCUUAGGGACCACACCCCCAGCUAGGCAGGGUUUAGGGACCACACCCCCAAAUGGGCAGGGCUUGGUGAGCACACCCCCGGCUGGGCAGGGCUUAGGGACCACACCCCCACGAGACAGUUUCUCCUCCCCACCAAGUGGGGCCACCUCCCUGGGACUGGCUGGGUCUGGCUCUGGGUCUGCUGGAAGUGCCGUCCCUCAAACCCAGACUGCAGUUUUCAGAAGCCCCUCCCCUCUGCCUGUCAGCGCCUCCCACCAGCUCCAGUCUGCAAUGUUUAGAAGCCCCUCCCCUCUGCCUGUCAGCCGCUCCCCCCUGGCUGUCGGCCCCUACCCCCAGCUCCAGACGGCAGUGUUCAGCAACCCCAGCCCCUCGCCUCUACCUGUCUGUGUGCCUCAGCAGCAGUGUGACACCCUCCUAGUAACUCCCAGCUCCAGUGGAGAGGUUGACCAGGCUAACCAGCACCAUGCUGUGCAACAGCACACAAAGCAAAGCAAACCGCCAGCUGCCUUGGCCAUGGAUGUGAAGGGCAAAGCCUUUACUCUUGAUGUCCAUCCACCUUCUCCCAGACCCCAGGGCCACCAGGGGCCACCAGUCCAGGGGCCCAACACAGUCCAGGGGCCCAACACAGUCCAGGGGCCCCAAGCCAACAGAGAGCAGAACCAGUGGCUCAGAGCAGUUCAGACAGCCCAACAGUCAAAGACAAAGGUGGCCGGUCCUGUGGCGAGGGAGGUAGAACAGAGACUGACUGAGGCGACGUGCAGGCACAGGCUCCAACAGAAGCUGUGUCAGAACCAGGGGCCGGUCCAGAUCCCCUACGUCUGUUCCCCCUUCUCCUCAUUGGGGGAGGCUGUGACACACCUGUUGCCAUACCACGCCUGUGCCGGACACCUGCCUAGUCAGGACGACUUCAACUUAGUGGACGAGCAGUUUGUCACCGUGUCAAGGUUCCUACUGAAACGCUCCAAGGACAUGCUCAACAAAUACAGACAGCUGCUGCUGGGAGAGACACUGCAGGUGAUUCCGUCGGCAGAGAUGGUGAUGCUGGAUCGUCUGUUCCUCCAAUCAGAGAGGUUCUCCCUGGGGGAGGACCGGCGCAGGGCCCGUAGAGACCCAGAGUCCUUCCUGAUGGCCCUGCAUGCAUCGGAGUCCUCCAGCUCAUCCCGUGUGGGGCUGGGUCAGUCCGGCAGCCCCCCCUCCCCCCCAGCUUGGACCAGACUCUCCGACCGACCCCCGGGACUCAGGACCUACCACUCCUCCAGCCGCGGAGGCCUCAAGCUCACCAUCAAACACAAGGCUGGAUCCAGGACGGUGGUUCACAACUCAGCCUGUGACACCAUGCAAUCCACUGCCCCAUCUGGUCACAAGCGGUACUACACCGGCCAGCUGACCAAUGGGAGUGGUGAUCUGACUGAGCAAAACCUGCAGGGCUCCUCCCAUAGGACCUCCUGCCAUCCAAUCAGUGAGGAGAUGUCAAACGGAGCCCUGCCCUCCAAAGCAGUAGAGGACGUCCCACAUGGUGACAGCAGGGAAUCUGUAGCACAGAUUCAGACAGCAGUACUGGGUUCACAAUAUGUAAGUUCCCCAAACUCCAUUACUAUGCCGAGCUUAGACCCACAGACUGCCUGCCUAGAGCUUCCCCCUCAAGACCCUGGAGAGGUGAGUGCCCCCAAACUGAAACGCUUCAGGCCCACGCUUCCGGACCUCCCUUCCCAGGCGGACAGGCACAGCUACAGACCCCAGCCCCGUCCCCAGACCAGCUACAGACCCCAGCCUCUUUCCCAGACCAGCGACAGGCCCCGUCCCCAAACCAGCUACAGGCCCCAGCCCCUUCCCCAGACCAGCGACAGGCUUCAGCCUCUUCCCCAGACCAGCAACAGGGGCCUCCCCCCAACCCAGCCGCCCAGACCAGCGACAGACCAGCCUCUUCCCCAGACCAGCAACAGGGCCGAGCCCCUUCCCCAGACCAGCUACAGACCCCAGCCCCGUCCCCAGACCAGCGACAGGCUUCAGCCUCUUCCCCAGACCAGCAACAGGGCCGAGCCCCUUCCCCAGACCAGCAACAGGGCCGAGCCCCUUCCCCAGACCAGCAACAGGGCCGAGCCCCUUCCCCAGACCAGCGACAGGCCCCAGACCCUUCCCCAGACCAGCUACAGACCCCAGCCCCGUCCCCAGACCAGCGACAGGCUUCAGCCUCUUCCCCAGACCAGCAACAGGCCCCAGGCUAGUCCCAGCCCCCCACCCCUCCUGCCAGAGGACAACACCCUCAGUGAACACCUGCAGAGUGCCAUCGACAGCAUCCUGGAGCUGCAGCGCCUGCAGGGGCCCACGGCGGCGUCCCAGCCAUGGCUCCAGGGGGCGUGCCCGGCCGCAGGCCCCGCCUCCCUGCUGGACCAGGCCAUCACUAGCAUCCUACAGGGAAACCUCUAG